ACAGGUCACAAUGCAGAUCUUCGUGAAGACCCUGACCGGCAAGACCAUCACCCUGGAGGUGGAGCCCAGCGACACCAUCGAGAACGUCAAGGCCAAGAUCCAGGAUAAGGAAGGCAUUCCUCCUGACCAGCAGAGGCUCAUCUUCGCUGGCAAGCAGCUGGAAGAUGGCCGCACUCUUUCUGACUACAACAUCCAGAAAGAGUCCACCCUGCACCUGGUCCUGCGUCUGAGGGGUGGCUGUUAAUUCUUUAGUCUUGCCAUUCACAGUGCCUGAUGGCAUUACUCUGCACUAUAGCCAUUUGCCCCAAUUUAAGCUUAGAAAUUACCAGCUUCAGUAAUAGCUGAAUCUGUUCAAAAUACUAAUAAAUGUUUUGUUGCAUGAUAAAAAAUAAUAGAA